ACAACCUCACGCACGAUGUUUUAUGGGUCCUCCUCCACCAUGGCUCCACCAUCCAAGAACCGGCUGAAGCGCCAGAGCUGGAUUUUCUCCCAGGUCUUGUACCGGACGCUGAGCUACAAGGACCGGAGCUCAGCCUCUGCUUCCCUGGCAGCCGGUGAAGAUGACCCAGCCGAGCUCUCCACCCAGCUCUCAGCCCCCGGCGUCCUGAAGAUCUUUGGGGGCAACAUCUGCGCGGGCACCAACUACAAGAGCGUGCUGGCGACGGGCAGCUCGGGUGCGCGGGAGCUGGUGAAGGAAGCCCUGGAGCGCUACGGGCUGAGCCAGCUCAGUGCCGGGCAGUAUGCCCUGUGCGAUGUCAUCGGGAGGUUCGAGGGCCCUGAGAAACGGUGGCAGACGGAGGGGCUGAGGAUCCUGGGUGACCACGAGAAGCCGCUGCUCAUCCAGGACCUCUGGAAGCCCAGGGAGGGCUUCUCGCGGCGGCUGGAGCUGCGCAAGAGGGCGGAGCUGGAGGAGCUGGCAGCCAGGGACGUGGACACCACCACCGCAGGUCAGAGCCAGGCGCGAGGCAGGGAGAGGGACAGCUUGGUUUACCUGCUAAACCGCGAGCAGCACACAGUGGGCCAGAGGACGCAGGCAAGCAAGCCCAGCAUCAGCCUGUCGGCCCCCGACAUCCUGCCCCUGCACUGCACCAUCAGGAAGCUCCGACCUUCCCGGCAUCGGUGGGAGGAGAAGCUGGUGCUGGAGCCCAUCACCGGUGCCGGCAACUCCAUCAACUUCACCGAGGUGGCCCGGACAGUCGUGCUGCAGCACGGGGACCUCCUCUCCCUCGGUCUCUACUACCUGCUCCUCUACAAGGACCCCAUGAAGGCGCAGCCGCUGCCGGCGCAGACCCUGCUGAGGCUACGAGCUCUGCACCCUGCCGUCCCCGAGGGUCCCCCCGUCUGCGGGGCGUGUGGCAGCCUGCUGAAGGAGAGGGACCCUGCCACCAAAAAGCGGGGCCUAUCACCCAUCGGCGGCCCCAGGGCGCCCCGCAGAAAGCUGCUGCUGGAGUUCGAGCCAGCGGCCGAGGACAUGCUUCUGCGACGCAUCAUGACCCUGAUCGAGCCGGGGGGGGACGACCACAAGCUGACACCCGCCUUCCUGCUCUGCCUCUGCAUCCAGCACUCGGCCACCAGCUUCGAGCCGGGCGACUUCGGGCAGCUGCUGCUCAAAGUGGCCAAAAUGAUCCAGAGGACAGUGUGGGAGCGGACGCGGGAGCUGGCUGAGAAGCAGUCCCAGCACCAGGACCCUGCCACCCUGUCCCGCUUCACCAUCACGGACCUUCUCCCGGACUUGCAGCACAUCCUCUUCUGGAUGGCCAACGCCAUCGAGGUCCUCUACUUCGUUCAGCAGAAAUCGCCCACCUACAUCCAGAGCAUGGAGGAGGAGCUGGAUGUCAGAGGCUCCAAGGAAUCUCUGUUCUCCUCGACCAUCACAGCCAGCGAGGAGGCGAUGACGGUGCUGGAGGAGGUGAUCAUGUACACAUUCCAGCAGUGCGUCUACUACAUCUCCAAGUGUCUGUAUGUGUCGCUCCCUGCCCUGCUGGAGUGUAACCCCUUCCAGAACGAGUGCCGGGAGAGCUGGCGGGUGUCCCCGCCGCUGCCCGAGGAGCUCCGCAGGGUUGUGCUCAUCUACCAGGCGGCGCUGGACCUGCUCCGCCAGUACGAAGUGCACCCGGAGAUCACCUCCCAGAUGUUCGCCUACCUAUUCUUCUUCUCCAACACCCUGCUCUUCAACCAGCUCCUGGAUAAGGGCUCCUCUCUCGGCUGCUUCCACUGGUCGCAGGGGGUGAAGCUGCAGGCCAGCGUGCGGCUGCUCCUGGAGUGGCUGCGCGGUGCUGGCUUCGAGCAGCUCGCCCAGCAGUUCUUCGCCAAACUCACCAGCGUGGCCAACCUGCUGGCCAUGCCUGGCUCCCAGCUGGUCCAGAUGACCUGGCCGUCCCUGCGAGCCGAGUUCCCGGCGCUGAGCCCCGCACAGCUCCACCGAGUGCUGAGCCAGUGCCAGGUGGUGAUGGGCGUGGGCUGCAUUGCAGCGUGGCAGCCCGUCGAGGAGGAGAGCCCGGCCACCUUCCAGCCCGAUGAGAUGCUGGAGUCCUUCGACAACCACCCGCCCAUCAUCCUGCCCAGCGGGGGCUUCAAAGUGGACCUGGAGGUGGAGACAUUGGACGACAACAUCUACCGGCACCUCCUUUACAUCCGCCACUUCCUCUGGAGCCUGCAGAGCAAGAGCCCCCACACCAGUGAGGGGCCAGGCUCAGCACCCCCACAGAAAGAGGCAUGCAUGACACCAGAUGUCCUGGAGGUGAGCGAGAGCCUGGCUGCUGCCCUGGGGGGCACCAUCACCCAGGAGGACUACUGCUCCCCGGGGGGCUGCCCGCAGCUCCAGGAGAAGCUGAAGCAGCUGCAGCUGGGCAGGGGUCCGGCCCCCAAAGCUGGCACGGCGCCCUCAGACCCCUCCUGCCUGCUGACACCACCCACCACCCCCCUGAAUUUCGACUCUGGGAGCCUGGAGUCCCCGCAGGGCACCGGCAAGGGGCUGCAGGACCCCCGGAGGAACGGGAUGAACGGCACCAAAGGCAGCUCUCCUGAAGGAUGCUCGCCGACCCCCUAUGACUACCCCACGCCAGAGUCUUCCAGCCGCAGCUCUGCCACCGAUGACUUCUGCUACGUCUUUGUGGUGGAGCUGGAGAGAGGACCCAUCGGGCUGGGGAUGGGGCUGAUCGACGGCUUGCACACUCCUCUCUGCUCCCCGGGGAUCUACAUCCGCACCCUGAUUGAGGACAGCCCUGCGGCCGAUGACGGCAGGCUCUCCAUCGGGGACCGCAUCCUGGCUGUCAAUGGCACCAGUCUCAUUGGGGCAGACUACCAAAGUGCGGUAGACCUCAUCCGCUCCGGAGGGAAGAAGCUGCGGUUUCUGGUUGCCAAGUCAGACAUGGAAAUAGCCAAAAAAAUCGGUUCCAGCUCCUCUUCCUCCUAG